AUGGCCAAGCCGAUUGAGCGCUAUCUCAACACCGAAGAAAGCCACGAGCGAUUUGCCGUCAACGCGGCCGAUGCCGAACUCGUCGCCCGCGAGCGCGUCGCCUCUCCGGCCUCGGAAGAUUCCAUAUCUCUCUCGGUGCAGUCGCCGAAGCGGUCCGUCGCCUUCGUGGUGGACUCGAUCGGCGCUCUGGAAGCGGAUGAAAAUGUGGACCUGGACGAUGAAUUUGUCCGAGAGAUUGAGGACAAUAUUUCAAGAUGUCGCAAGUAG